AUAAAGAUUUGAUAAGCAUUCCGUAUGCAUUAUCCAACCCAGUCUGAAUAAAAUACGCAUGAUAAUUAAUGUUAUUAUUGAAUACUCAUACAAUAUGCGAUUAACUAGACUGUGAUUAUAAAAAAUUUCGAUCACUGUCUCACACCAAGUGCUAACCACGUCUAAGGUGGUACCAGUUCGCUCUGUAUGCUGCAGCAUGCUGUCUUGCUUAAAAAUAACUAACUAGCAAUUAAUACAAAAGCAUAGUACAACUAUAAAUGUUGCAACAAAAAAAAAAAUAAUAACAAAUUAAAUUUUAUCUUUUUUUUACCAUCACAGUAAUAGAAUAACUCUUUUAUGUACAAAAUUUUUUUUAAUUACACAUUUUUUUUGAUCAAUCAAUUUGGUGCUGGAUUAUAAGUGUUUAUAAAUGAUGGAUACUGCUCGAAAGAAAUCCAGCUACAGACAAAUAUUUGCCGCUCUAACAGCAAAUCUUGUUACUUUUGCAUAUGGCGUUUAUACUGGAUGGCCUGCGACGGUUCAACCACUUCUUCAAUCUUCAAAUACACCUCUUGAUGUAGUGCUCUCAGAUGAAUCAAUCUCCUGGUCAUGUAGUUUAGGGUAUAUGAGUGCUAUACUUGGAACAUUAAUAUGGGGAGUUUUAGCGGACAAAUUCGGACGAAAAAUCACUGGAUAUCUGACAAUGGCACCAUUUCUAGUGGGUUGGAUCAUCAUCAUGACAAGCAAAUCAGAGUAUUUAUUAUUGUUGGCUAGAUUUUUGGGUGGCCUCGGUGGCAGUGGAGCGGCUAUUAACAGUCCUAUGUUUGUUGGAGAAAUCAGCGAUGAAAGUAUGAACGCGAUUUUGGGAUCUUUAUUUAUACUAAUGUACAACGCUGGCGUCUUGUACGUAUAUGUAUUUGGCACGUUCAUGAACUAUGUGUACUUAAAUAUAGCUUGUCUAGCAGUAUCUGUAGCGUUUAUGGUAAUUUGGUACUAUAUUCCGGAAUCACCUACCUGUCUCGUAAGAAAAAAUAAUAUUUCUGAAGCCAGAGAGUCUCUUAAAUGGUUCAGAGGUACUACUAAUGACAAGGAAGUAGAAACGGAACUAGAAUCGCUUUCAAUGCGAAGCGAUCAGGUGUGCACAGCUUCAAUAGGCGACUACUUGGAAACAAGUACAAUUAAAGCUUUGAUCAUAGGUUUCAUAUUUCAAACUGGUACCCAAUUGUGUGGUAUUAACGUUAUACUGAUGUACGCAGUAGACAUAUUCAAUCAGAGCGGAAGUACUCUGUCACCGGAAAUGUGUACAAUGUUGGUAGGAUUUGUUCAGGUACUCGGAUCCGUCGUAGCUUGUUUCGUCGUAACAAAAGCUGAUAGAAAGUUUUUUUUGAUUAGUACAUACAUAAUAGCUGCCGUUUCUCUUUACAUAAUUGGCGGGUGCUUUUAUGCCAAAUUUUUAGACAAUACUGUAAACACAGGCAUUUUACCCGUACUGUGCUUGUCAAUGCAUGUGAUUGCAUUUUCUAUUGGACUUGGAAUGGUACCCUAUAUUAUUUAUACAGAAAUUUUCUCACCAAAUGUUCGGAACGUUUGCAUGUCCGGAUUAAUGUUCUGGAAUAACGUCCUGGGAUUCGGCGUUAUCAAAGCAUAUCCAUAUUUAUUAAACAGCUUGCACAUAUCCGGGUGUUUCUGGUUGUUUGCCAUGGCCUGCACUAUAAUUGUACCAAUCACAUACUUCUUUAUACCUGAGACGAAAGACAAAACUUACGACCAGAUUCAUAAUCAAUUGCAAUUAUGGUUUCCCGGAUUAAAUGAUAAAGCAAAAUCUGUGACUUCGUUGUCAGUCAACAGCACCAAAGUCGUUGUUGUGGAAUCUAGCGAUAAAAAAGUAUACAUGGAAAAUAACCAACAAUGCUGCAGCGAACCAUAAAAUAAAAAAUAACAAUUUAGAACAUAUUCGUUCCUUUAUCAUAUGGAGCUCAAUAUCAAUCACUC